AAUCUUGAGUUCAGUCUGUCUGUGAACAGUGAACAAGUAAUAAGUGAAUCGAUGUUUCUUUAGAUUUAUCUAAUAGUUUUAUGAGAUAUCAAGUCGUGAUACUGUAUAAAGUAAACAUCGGACUAUUACGAAUCUGUAUUAUUAUAUUCAUAUAAUAGUUUAUGUUUAAAUAAGGAAUUUCUCUAAAGAUAUUUAUCGAUAAAAAAUCAAUAUGAAUAAAGAUUUACCAUCACCUAAUUUUAUUCCACCCCCUACUUAUUACGGAUAUGCACCACCACCACCACCACCACUACCACCACCUCCACCACCGCCACUACUACCACCAUUAUCACCACCAUUGUCACCACCACUACGACAGACUGUGGUGAUUGGAGCAGGUUUUGGAUCACAACCACGAUUAAUGAUAUGCCCACAUUGUGGUAUACAAAUAUUAAGUGAAAUGGAGACCGAAGUAACCAUUUCGGCGCACGCAAUAGCACUUUUUCUUUGCAUAAUGGGAUUGUGGUGCUGCGCACCUAUACCUUAUUGUAUGGAUAAUUUUUUAAGAAGGAAACAUUAUUGUCCAUCAUGUAAAAGUUUCUUAGGACAAUCUAACAAUUGAUUAAUCAUACAAAUACUAUAUCUUAUUAGAAAUAUAUCCUAUUCUUUCUACGUUCGUUCCUUUAUUAUCUCUUAUCUACUUUGUGAUUGAAAAUGUAUUCGAUCUUUUUUAUUAAUAAAAAAAAAAAAAAACAAUCCA